CCUGGCCCUUUUUCCCUAACCUCUUUCCACUCCCACGUGCUUAAAAUCCUCCCUCUCUCCCCCUCUCUUCUCACUUCUCCCCACCGCCCCCUUUCCCUUUUUCUCCCUUUCUUCUUCCAUUUCCUCCGCCGCCGCCGCCAGAAUCUCUCCCUCUCCUUCUCCUCCAUUCCGUCAUCUCUUCCUCACAAUGAUCUCCUCAGCAAAUUUUUUCAUAAUUUUUUUCAUCGUCAUUCACACCUUCUCACUCUCCUCAUCCUCUCCCGUCGGCGGUGAUCACGGCGGUUCUCCUCUAAUAGGCGCCGGCUGCGGCUUACAACCGCUGCGGGUUUCUAAUUCUCUCAAGAAUCAGAGUAUUGGAGCGUUUCGAUUGGAAUCUCAGAGUUGCGAGGUUUGGACGGAGGCCUGUUCUGAGGCGAUCCUGACCUUGGCGAAGCGGACUGAGGUUGUUGAUUGGUUGAAGAAGGUAAGGAGAAGAAUCCAUGAGAAUCCGGAGCUCGCGUUUGAAGAAUUCGAAACUAGUCAGUUGAUUCGCGAUGAGUUGGAUCGGAUGGAUAUCAGUUACGAGCAUCCGUUGGCUAAAACUGGCGUUCGUGCUUGGAUCGGAACUGGCGGACCGCCUUUUGUUGCUCUCAGGGCUGAUAUGGAUGCUCUUCCAAUCCAGGAAGCUGUGGAAUGGGAGCAUAAAAGCAGAGUCCCAGGCAAGAUGCAUGCUUGUGGGCACGACGCUCACGUUACAAUGCUUCUUGGUGCUGCCAAGAUUUUAAAGGAGCGUGAACAUCUCUUGAAGGGGACGGUGAUUCUGCUAUUUCAGCCAGCUGAGGAGGCCGGCAAUGGCGCCAAGAGAAUGAUUGGAGAUGGGGCUUUAAGAGACGUUCAAGCCAUUUUUGCAGUUCAUGUUUCUCAUGAACACCCCACAGCCGUUAUCGGGUCCCGCCCCGGUCCUCUGCUUGCCGGCUGUGGCUUUUUCAGGGCCGUGAUUACCGGGAAGAAAGGCCGUGCCGGUUCGCCACACCGGUCCGUUGAUCCGGUUCUGGCUGCCUCCGCCGCCGUUGUCAGUUUGCAGGGAAUUGUGUCUCGUGAAGCAAAUCCUUUAGAUUCGCAGGUUGUGUCAGUGACAUCGUUCAAUGGAGGGAAUAAUCUGGAUAUGAUUCCGGACACUGUCGUUAUUGGAGGGACCUUCAGGGCUUUCUCCAACUCAAGUUUCUACCAAGUUCUUCAAAGAAUAGAGGAGGUAAUUGUGGAGCAGGCCAGUGUUUACAGAUGCUCAGCAAUGGUGGAUUUCUUUGAAAAAGAAUACACCAUCUACCCACCAACUGUAAAUGACGAAAGAAUGUAUGAACAUGUGAAGAAAGUAGCAAUUGAUCUUCAUGGUUCACAAAAUUUCAGGCUUGUCCAACCAAUGAUGGGAGCCGAGGACUUUUCCUUCUACUCGGAGUUUGUUCCUGCAGCCUUCUAUUACAUAGGAGUCAGGAACGAAACAUUAGGCUCGAUCCACACAGGCCACUCUCCCUACUUCAUGAUCGACGAAAAUGUCCUCCCGAUCGGCGCUGCAACUCAUGCAACCAUCGCCGAGAGGUACCUAUACGAGCAUGGAGAAUGAGAAGCAUACAAGUUCCAGCAACCAGUUUCCAUGGCUCUCGUCACUUCGAAAAAUGUUCUAAACCAAAGAUGUGAUCACCUCUAGCAAGUUUUGGGACUACGUUACGUGGGGUUGUGAAGGGAAAGUUGGUUCGUGCCCUACCCUGCCUUCUUGUAUAUGAUUAGGAGACACGGGACGUUGUAGCUACUGCUACACGAUAUAUUUUUUAAUGAUUUUUUAGUGUAUUUUGUUUUGGAUCAUGGCGUUAUAUGACCAUGUAAUCUUCAACAACUUAAAUUGAACUUCUCAAAAAGCAAAGGGAAUGAUUAAAGGCUCAUUUGAUAACCAUUUAGUUUUUGAAA